AUGCUUCACAUUAUUUAUCUUGUUUUUUCAAGUUUUUUUAUUCUGCAUAGUUAUAGUGAAUUAUCUCCUAUUCAAAUUGAUCCAUUAACUCAACAUUUUAUUGAUGAAUAUGGUCGUGUACGUAUAUUUCAUGGUGUUAAUGUUGUUUAUAAAUUACCACCAUUCUUACCAAAUUUAACUGAUUUUGAUCCACAAAAUUCGUUAACAAAUGAUGAUUUAAAUAAUUUACAUCAAUGGGGUUUUAAUGUUAUUCGUUUUUAUACAUCAUGGAUGGGUGUUAAUCCAACAUCAGAAACAGAAAUCAAUCAACAAUAUCUUUCACAAUUAUCAAAAGCUGUACAAAUGAUGGAAGAUAAAGGCAUUUAUGCUUUACUUGAUGUUCAUCAAGAUGUUUUUUCACGAUAUUUCUGUGGUGAAGGUGUACCUGAUUGGGUAGCAAAAAAAUUAGAUGAUGAUGUUUUUAAAUCUUUUCCAAUGCCAGUUGCUGCUAAUAUAACACGAGAAUCUGAUACAGGUUAUCCAACACUUGAAGCAUGUCUUGCACGUCCUUUUUUUCAAUAUUAUAUAACUCAAGCUGUAAUGGAUGGAUUUCAUAUGUUAUAUACAAAUAAACAUGGUGUACUUGAUUCAUUUGCUUCAUUUUGGCGAACUAUUGCUAGUACAUUUGCUAAUCGUUCAUCUGUACUUGGUUAUGAAUUAUUAAAUGAACCACCAUUUACAAAACUUGUUGAUGCUGUAAAACUUGGCGAAGUCGAUCGAGUUUAUUUAACACCUAUGUAUAAAAAAUUACACGAUGUUAUUCGACAAGUUGAUGAUAAACGUAUAAUAUUCUAUGAACCAUGUGUUGCUGAUCUUCUACAAACAGGCUUACAACAAGGACCUGGUGGUGUUGAUUAUAAUAAUCGACAAGUAUUUAGUUAUCAUGUUUAUUGUGUUGAUGUUACAAAACAAGGUGAUCCAAAAUCAGAUCUUGUUUGUGAUGUCGAUGACGCACUUCUUAUUAGUUUACGAUAUGAAGAGGCAAAGAAAAAAAAAUUUGGUGGUAUGAUGUUAACAGAAUUUGGUGCUAUAAGUAAUUCAACAGAAGGUAUUAAAGAAAUUACUCGAAUUACAAAUAUAGCAGAUGAAUAUUUACAAAGUUGGUCUUAUUGGCAAUUUAAAAAAUAUGAAGAUUUAACAACAGCAGCAAGUCCAGCAACAACAGAAUCAUUUUACACAGAAGAUGGUAAAUUAGAAAUCAAUAAAGUACGAGCACUUUCACGAUCAUAUGCACAAGCUAUUGCAGGUCAACCAAUAUCUAUGUCAUUUGAUUCGAUUUCUUUUAAUUUUCAAUUAACUUUUGAUAUUAAUACAAAUAUUCAACAACCAACAAUAAUUUAUAUAAAUGAAGAUUUAAAUUAUCCACAUGGAAAUAAUAUUGAUGUAUCUCCAGUGAAUUCAUUAACAUGGACAUCAACUAAUCGAAAUUAUUAUGAAUUUUUACCAACAACAUCGACAAAGAAUAGUACAAUGAUAACAAUUAAAAUUACACCAAAAACUCUUAAUUGGUUUAAUAUAUUGUGGAAUUGGUUUAAAGAGAAAAUAUCUUUUUGGAAUAAAUAA